AUGGAGUCACCAACUGAUACAAGUUUAACUGCCGGUAACUCUUAAACAAAAUAGAUUAAGCUUACAUAAAUCACGAGUAGCUGCAAAUUGUUUUAAAAGCUAAUAAUAAAAUUGGCUUUAGUGGAAAGUUCAAGUCGGCCAAUGGGUGUUCAACUUGUCAAUUCAAGAAUGACAAAUAAAACGUCAGAUCCGAUGGAUUUAGUGGAAUUGGCAAAACAGGUUCAAAAGGCUGAUGAAUUUACACGAGCAACUGCUGGUAGUAAAUUGAUAGUGAUAGCAGAUCAAAUUAAAUAUUUACAAGAACAAGCAAGAAAGGUUUUAGAAGAAGCUAAGAGAAAUGCUAUGUUACAUCAUGCAGCAUGUAAUUUGGUGAAGAAACCAGGAACUAUGUAUUAUUUAUAUGAACGAGAGUCUGGACAAAAAUAUUUCUCUAUUCUCUCACCGCAGGAAUGGGGAACAAGUUGUCCACAUGUGUUUAUAGGUGCUUUUAAAUUGGAAUAUGAUAUGUCAUGGACGCCAGUCGAGGAAGUUGAAAAACGUGGAGAAGAAUUUGCUUUAAUUGAUAAAAUUUUGAAUGCCAAGAAUGCUAUAACGGACUCAACUGCUUUAAUGUUUGGUAACUCAAGUAAAUCAAAGACAUCAGUACCAGCUGAAUUAAAGGAUAUAUCUGAUAAGUGAAUAGUGUAUCUUGUAAUAAGUAAAGGAUGAGACUUAACAAACACAAAAACUAUUAAAACUGUUUAGAUAUCCUGUAUAAUGGAAGUCUUUCAUGAAUUGUUUUAUUGUUAUUUCCAGGAUAUUUCUACUAAAUUUUUUGUUUUAUCAUAUUUAAUAUCUUUAUCUUAAACAUACAUUAUGCAAGAGCUAAAUCUGCCUAUUGUAGGUCUUUCUUUAGGCCUGAAAUGUUAUAUAAACUAUUAAUUAGACAUUGAUUAACAUAUCCAGACCAUAAUCAACUCUCGAUGUCAAUGCUAGCCUGCCAUAAUUGUUGGAUUAUGAUCCGAUUUGCUGCAUAACUUUCCUUCUCGAUUUAAUGAUUAAAUGGAUAAUCGAGACUAUGAUUUUUGUCGUACCGACUUUAGUAAUGACGACUGAGGCUAUGCUGAACUUUCGAUCGCUUAUUUCUCGGUUUAUAGUGGAUCAAUUUGACUGAAAUUUUCAGCAAAUUGCCUUUACAUUAUCUAGUUUUAACUAUUAUAGUGAGAACUGCCAACUCGUUAUCUAAUCUCCCAUAAUGUAUCUUUAAUUAUGAGUCACAAGGCAGCAGCACAGAUAAAAACAUAUCUAUUCAGCAUCCAUGCACAUAAAUAACCAGUUAUAGUUAUUGUAAGCUCACAUAGAAUUUGUAGCAGAUGGUUGGACAGAAAUACUUUCAAAUAAAUGAAAUAAUUGUUGGUUGUCGCCGACGUGAGAUUAAAUUUCUGUGUGACUGUCCUUGACCCAAUUAAACCCAAUCGGCAUUUCAAUAUCAUGUUGUUUUGUGGUUUCUUAUUAUGUGCUAAAAAAAGCACCACUUUCUCCACGUGACAAAUGACCGUCUCGGAAAAUUUUGAAGUGGAAGCCCUGGUUGUCGGUUCUUCGUCACAUUUAUUAUUAUUCAAAUCAUAAAGUUUGACGGAAUAACAUUUUAGAUCUGAUUAAAUUAUAUUUAUCCAAUACUAUGAUUGUAUUUACUGUUAAAUAUCUUGAUGCCCUUUCAACUAUGUUAUUCAUAUAACAAAUAAGCUUAUAUUGUCUAUUUGUGGUCCACUUUGAAUGAUUGUUUGUGGCAGUUUUUAUUAAAAGACAAUAUUGGUUCCAGUCAUUAUCACAUAUGUGAUAGAACGUGUUUAAUUAGUUCUAUCACAUAUGUGAUAAUGACUGACACCAAUAUUGUCCUUUAAUAAGUAUUUGGAAAGAUGUCUAUGGAUACUGGAUAUGAAUAUAUUAAUAAUAUUAUAUUGAUAAGUAUUUAACAAUGUACAACUUUGUAUAAUAGUAUUGUAUAAUCUAGACUAUAUAUUCAAGGUUAUUGUGUACAUUAUUUUUGUACUUUUAAAUUCAGAUCUUUUCAUACUACAAUUCAAGACAAGAUCGGUACAUAGUGCCCUUGUCUCUUCUAUCAAUAAUACUGGGUUUCAUUUUAAUUUCAUACUGUAUAUUUUUCCGCCAAUGAAACAAAAAUUCUUUGGUAUAUUUUUAUUGAAUUUGAUUAUUGCAUUAUCAAAUCUGAUGUUAUUGGACUUUGAAGAAAGUUUAUUUUGAGUAUUUCUUUAACAACCCAUAGCACUAUAUGAGUUGAUGAUGACUGAUUUCUGUUGUUCUCUUGUUCACUGGGUUUAAUGUCAGUCUGCCCAUUCAAGCAAUUUAGUUCAUCGGUAUGCAUUAUUUUCAUUGAAGUCUGGGAGUAUAUCAAAUGCCAAGGUCACGAAAGCAGCUUCAAGCUCGAGGCCCACCCACUGAUACGCUUUGAAACGAAUAAUACGCAAUAAACUCAUAUAUUUCAUCUCUCUACAACUGUCUGCCCAUGUGCAAACAUUACUACCACGUUUGAAACUCUCCCCAUUGAUAUUGUAACCGUUAGUUCAACAUGUCAUCAGUUUUCAGUUCCGAAACGUUUUGUUUAAAUCCGUAUGCCAGCUGACGAUAAAUGGAACUGUGCUGUGUAAUCAAUUUUAACUAAAAUCUUUUAAAAUUCAAUUUUUUAGUUACAAUUGAUCGUUGUGAAACACAUAAAAUUGAAAAUUCUAUUUUGAUCUUAGUUAAAAUCUAUUUUAGUGAUUUUAGCUUAACUUUUUGUGAAACAGGGCCCUGUUUUUAAUACACAAAAAAAUUACGGUAUAUUGUAUAUUUUGAUUUUAUUUAAAGCAAUUUAAAUGUACAUAUGUAAUUAAGUAUGAUGAUGUAUUAAAAAAACAUUAUUUUUUCUCUUUUUGUGCUAAUUCCAUUAUUUAAUUCUGAACAUAUGUAAAUUUUCCAGUGACCUUUACACGAAUAAUAACUCCUUCUUAUAGGCCAAUUUAAUAUUAAAAAUUGUAUCUCAAAUUCAAUUUUGGUAUUGUAAAAGAAUGGGAAAAUGGCCUCUGUUUUAAAAUCCGUGUGAUAAUUACUGUUUUGAUCAAGUGAUUACUCUAGAUUACUGUAUUGUGGUGUUCAAGAAUUAGAAUAUGAAUAGAUUAAUCAAUAUUAUAUUUCUUUUGAUUGUUCUAAUUUGAAGAUAUAAUUCUUUUGAUUGUUCUAACUUAAAGAAUAUUUCUUUUAAUUGUUCUAAUUUGAAGAUAUAAUUCUUUUGAUUGUUCUAACUUAAAGAAUAUUUCUUUUAAUUGUUCUAAUUUGAAGAUAUAAUUCUUUUGAUUGUUCUAAUUUGAAGAUUUAUUUCUUUUGAUUGUUCUAAUUUGAAGACAUAUUUGUUUUGAUUGUUCUUAUUUGAAGACAUUUAUUUUGAUUGUUCUAAUUUGAACUUAUCUGAUCAGCGGCUGUUUGUAAAUCAAGCUUUGGUGAAGUUAAUUUUUGCUUGAUCCACAAGAUACUUUUUUCAAUAUCUGUUUUUUAAAAACAAUUUUAUAUGCAGUUUGAUUAACUCUUUAGCACUUAGACCAUCCAAAACCGCCCUAACUAGGGCUCUUUAGACCACCCAAAACCGCCCAGACUAGGGCUCCUUAAACUGCCUCAACCCAGCAUGAACUAGUAAAUGGUCAUUGAAUGCAGAAAGCUAUUCACAUAUUUUGAUUGGUUUGAGACUAUCUAAGGAAUAGCAGUUUUGAUCUGUAUUGAUACAUCAUUUUUCUGUAAAUUUUUUGAAAGAACUGGGGUAGUCAAUAUGUGUAUGCACCAAGUGCUAAAGGAUUAACAUAUAUUGUACAUUUGAAAUUUAUUUCAGAUUGCAUAUGACGUUAACAUUGUCUACAACAAAGAAAUAGAAACGGAGAAUCUCUCCUUGAUUCUUUUUUGUUCCUUUUAUGGACUACAUUUAAAUGUUUGGGACUAUUGGAUGGUAUGAAUUAAAGGGGUUGUAUUGGCAUUAUUAAAGAUGGGUUCCCGCGUACAAACUGGGUGAUUUAAUGGUAUAUAUGGACCAAAAACAUAUUCAAACUAAUUAAUUUGUCAUAAUUAUGCUUCAAAUCCUUCUCAAACAUUGUAAUUGCGAAGGAAUGCCCUGCUAUUAAAAUUCGAUCAAACCAGGUCAUGUUUACGUCAUGUCUUGGGAGUCAGAGGAGAAUUCAUUGCAUACAUAAGACGAUGUUGUCUUUAAUCGCUUACUGUUUAUUACAAAUAUCGAAUUCUAAUUAAAUUCUCGGAUUAUCCUCCCGCGUCUUUUUCCGUCAUUUUUAUCUCAGAAAGUAUUGAACGUCGAACUCUUCAUAAAGUUUAUCAACUUGUACAUCAAGCGCCCAAUGUUCGCUUGUGACCUUUGACAUCACGCGUGCAGAGGUUCAUAAUCGUCGGACUGUUGAUUAGUGGAACCCUUACAUUUUUGUCCUGUAUACGCUCCAUGAGUGUUUUUCGGAGAAUCCAGUAUUUUUCUGGUAAGAUUGGAUAUUUCUACUUUCCAUAUAUACCAAAAUUGCCAUACUUUUAUUGGAAAUAACGACCCGAUAAAUACUUUUCUCGGAACCCAUCUUUAAAUAAAAAGGAUUUUAAUUUAGACAAACGGCAUGUUAUAAAGUACCAUGAUAAUAAAUUAAUCAAGAGCCGGAAAUCUAAUUCGAGACUCAGUGGUACUGUGAAUAAUAGUCAUAACAUGAGCUGCACUAUUAAUUCACAAAUACAUAAUGAGUUAGUUGUAACAUACACUGCACUAUUAAUUCACAAAUAGAAACACGUACUAAUUUAUCAAUUCAGUGGUAUGUAUAUACAUGUACACGAGGAAGAGUGUGUUUAUUCUUCAGUUGAAUUUUUUAAAAAAAAUUAAAUUGAUAAAUUACAAUUAUUCAGAAAUUUGUUAUGAUGGAUGAGCAUGUAUGAAACAUUAAAACUGCUUAAUAAUUUAUGUAAUUGAGCAUGUUUGUUUAGUUUCUUUUUGUUAUUUUAUAGUGAAUUCUAAUUGUUAUAAAUUAUGUUAUUAGAUGUUUCUGGUUGUUAUAUUAAAUCAUUAUUUUGUUA